AUGCAAUUGGCUUCGGACUUCCGACAUGCCUACAGCAUCGCUUCAGGUCCCGCGCUUGCUGCGGUCCUAACACCGAUUGCAACUGCCAGCAACCCGCAGCGACUGAGAUCCUUUUACGAAUUCACAAAUGCGCAAUACCUGACCAAGGAUCUUCAAUCAACAUUAUUUCACGGAAAGAGUAUAAGAGUCUCCAAGUCUGAACAAGCUGCUUGGGUAGACAUUUUCGCGGCAUACUGGGAAGCAGUCGGGGAGGUGUUGAAGUACGAGGAAAGGUACCCUGGGGCCAGCGCGGUUGAUAUUUUUAUCGCAUGGAAAAAGGUGUCCAAUGCUCUGAUCAAGGGCUACGCUGGAUCAAAUGGUCUAAAAGCAUGGACAUUGCCCUGUUUAUACACGGUCGGCAAGUUCCUGCGAACCUUUGCGAUCAAAGCGGACUUGGAGGUCGCGGCUCGGGGAUCCACGGAAUAUGGCUUCCAGGAUGACCUUGCGGUUGACGUUGAGAAGAAUGCCAACUUGGAGGAGGCUGCUCGCAUUAUCAAUCGGAUGUUCACCCUCUGUCUGAGCGAUCGUGCGCCGAUUGAGGACUCUAGAAAAUGGGGCAUCUACGAGACCACAAAUCUCCUCUUCAAGACAUACUUCAAGAUCAACUCUGUCGGUCUCACGAAGAACUUGCUUCGGGCAAUCAAUGCGCAAUCCCACGAGUUGCCUUCUCUUGACGCAUUCCCUAAGUCGCACAUUGUUACCUUCGAAUAUUACCUUGGAGUUAUUCACUUCCUCGACGAACAGUAUAGCAAGGCCGAGGAGCACCUGACCACCGCUUGGCAGAUGUGCCAUCGUGAUGCUCACAAGAAUAGAGAGCUGAUUCUCACAUACCUAAUCCCAUGUCACAUGGUCACGACUCACACCCUUCCCAGUAGGCAAUUACUUGCCCCUUUUCCGCGCUUAGAGCAGCUAUUCAGACCCUUGUCCAACUGUAUCCGCAGAGGCGACCUCGUGGGGUUCGAUCAGGCGAUGGCCGCUGGGGAAGCUGAGUUCGUGAAGCGACGGAUCUAUCUUCCGUUGGAACGGGGCCGCGAUAUUGCGCUGCGCAAUCUAUUCCGAAAGGUCUUCAUUGCUGGUGGAUACGAAGAGCCGAAGGAUGGUCAGCCUGCGAUCCGGCGCACCCGUAUACCGGUGUUUGAAUUCGCGGCAGCAUUGAGAAUUGGUACUCACGCGACGAGUCGCAUGGGUGUAGACAUCGACGAGGUCGAAUGUCUGUUGGCUAAUCUCAUUUAUAAGGGCCUGAUGAAGGGCUACAUUGCACGAGAACGCGGCAUGGUAGUCUUGAGUAAGAAUAAUACCGCGUUUCCCGGCACGGGCGUCUAG